CCUCACCGGUUUGGCCCCUGUGUCAGAGACACUGCAUUCCUUUGCUCUCCUGAGAUCUCUCCGCCGGCGCGCACAUGCACCUCGGAGCCGGGCGUGCAGGAGACGGAUAAAACGUCUGUCCGGUGGCGCGCUACCCUAAUUCGUGAUUUCCUACAUCCAUCAACGGCCCCUGCCACUGCUCAGACAGGAUCUACAGCGACGGAGCAGGGAACGGGCCUAACAACCGAGGCCGGCUCAGCAAACGUCCCCUUCCCACCCCUGAAGGCCCCACUGCAGGGAGGGAAGGGCUGCCUGGCACGGAAUUACUGCCGUCUGGCCUCCCUCUGGGCUCGCGUUCUCCCGCUCAUUCAUUCACUGAAGCACCGCACCGAGCCAGACCGACGCGGCUUAGGGUUCCUAGACUGGCAGGGGACCCGGAGGAGUGAAGGCCACUGCAAGGUCCUCCACGACAACCCCUACUUGAUGGGGCCCUAGUGUAGUCGGCUCGUGCCAGUAUCUCAUAAGUGACGUUUAAAGACUAUAUGAACAACCGUUUUUAAAGAUUUACUCGUCAGUGAUGGAGAAAUAUGAAAAAAUUGGGAAAAUUGGAGAAGGCUCCUAUGGGGUUGUUUUCAAAUGCAGAAACAGGGACACAGGCCAGAUCGUGGCCAUCAAGAGGUUUCUGGAAUCGGAAGAUGACCCUGUCAUAAAGAAAAUCGCCCUUCGAGAAAUCCGCAUGCUCAAGCAACUCAAGCAUCCCAACCUUGUGAACCUUCUGGAAGUCUUCCGGAAGAAGCGGAGGCUUCAUCUGGUGUUUGAGUAUUGUGACCACACAGUGCUCCAUGAGUUGGAUAGAUACCAGAGAGGGGUACCAGAACAUCUCGUGAAGAGCAUAACUUGGCAGACACUGCAAGCUGUAAAUUUCUGCCAUAAACACAAUUGCAUACAUAGAGAUGUGAAACCGGAAAAUAUCCUCAUCACAAAACAUUCCGUCAUUAAGCUUUGUGACUUUGGAUUUGCUCGUCUUUUGACCGGACCAGGUGACUACUACACAGACUAUGUGGCCACCAGGUGGUACCGCUCCCCUGAGCUUCUGGUGGGGGACACACAGUAUGGCCCCCCAGUCGACGUUUGGGCAAUCGGCUGUGUUUUUGCUGAGCUGCUGUCAGGAGUGCCUCUGUGGCCAGGAAAAUCAGAUGUAGAUCAGCUCUAUUUGAUUAGGAAAACCUUGGGGGAUCUCAUUCCCAGGCACCAGCAAGUAUUUAGCAUGAAUCAAUACUUCAGUGGAGUGAAAAUUCCAGACCCUGAAGAUGUGGAAACACUUGAGUUAAAAUUUCCAAACAUUUCAUAUCCUGCACUAGGCUUCUUAAAGGGCUGCCUCAAAAUGGACCCUGCUGAGAGGCUGACAUGUGAACAGCUGUUGCAGCACUCAUAUUUUGACAGCAUUCGAGAAGUAGGAGAUUUGACCGGGGAAUACAACAAACCAACGAGGAAGACCCUGAGACAGAGCCGAAAGCACCUGCCUGGGGUAAAACUGGUGCACUGCUUUACAGAAACAGCCAAGUUGCAGUACCUACCUCAGCUAACUGGCAGCAGCAUCCUUCCAGCUUUGGAUAAUAAGAAGUACCACUGUAGCACCAAGAAAUUUAACUACCAUUUUCCAAACAUUUAAGGAGCUAGAGUAGUGAAGAAUUGAUGGAUAAUUUGAAGAAAAUAAAAUUUACACAUUUGAUUACAGUGUUGAAAACGUCCCUAGAGAAAACAUAAGCAAGCAACUGGAGGCUACUUGGCAAGAUAUGAAGGGAAAUUCCAGAUCCAGUCUUCCAUGCUUGGUAAUGAUGUCCAGAAUGGAAAGGAAAAACUUGUUUGGAGUUUCACUUGUGUCUUUGUUUAUCUAAGCAGCUAAGCUUAUGGACAGAAUAUAAACUGCAUCCAUUGCCCAGAACUCUGAUAUCAAAAAGAUUUAUGCUUCAGUUGUGCUGUGUGAUACAUGUGAAAAGUGGAUUAUAAAAUGCCCAUAUGUAUUUCUUUAGACCUAUGUGGCCUUGAGUCCUAUUGCUUGCCUUCCCAAUUGUUUCAAAGCCACGUUGAAGGAUAAUUUUAAUUCCUGAAAUCAAAAUGUUUAUUACAUUUCCUGCUUGCUCUCUUGAUUUUUGUAUUUUAAAAUAUUUUUAAGUUGUUCAAACUAUUUAAAAUCAUAUGUACCAUAAAAUUCAUACUUUUAUGCUUACAUAACCAGUUAUAUGUUUAUAUAUCUCUUACAUAUACUUUUGUCCUUAUCUACAGAAAGAAUACAUCAGCAAGGGAUAGAACAAGAUGUAUAGGCUUCACAGAAAUGAACCUGUCAGCCUGAAAAUAAUUAUCACUUCAUUCUCUCCAGUUCAGCUCCAGACCAGAGAACAGUUCUAUACACAGAACUGCACACAAUGACCUAAGUUCUAGACACAACUGCUUGUGAAUUUUUACUUGAGUCAUGAAAGAUAUUUUUGUUAACUGAUGUUCUCUCUGAACUAUCUAUAUACUACAUGUAUAUAUACAUGUCUAUAUACACACAUGCAUAUAUACAUGCACACAUAUGUAUAUAUGCCAUCCUAAUAACUAAUAUAGUAUAUUUAAUGAGAGCGUACAAAAUGACAUUAUUGAGGAUUUCUACUUUUGAACAGUAAGACUUAAAAUGAUGACAUAUAGUAUCUUUGAUUUGGCUCACUGCUCCUAAUCAGAAAACUUUUCCUUCCCUGUCCACUAGACACAAGGGCAAUGUUGAUGCCCCAUGUUAGUCUCUUACAGCUUAGCAUCAUUUCUGGUUAUGUGCGGCUACUAGUGAACAACAGCUUUAUGGACUUCAGAGCUGUAUUUUUACUGUAUCUUCAAAAUAUUUCUUUGUACCCUCCUUUCUUCCUGUGUUAAUUUUCUUCAUGACAACACUUAGACCCAUUCACUUACUGCUAUGUAGUCCACUAAAUUCUGUCAUCUGCUCAAUAAUUUUGAUUACUCCAGCCAAAAUUAAGGCUUUCUAAUUUAUAUAGCUUCCUGCAUAGAUGUGACAAUGGGUUAAAUGAUAGCUCCAGUAUUAUUCCUCUUAAACAGAGACAUGAUUUAAAUGAGAAGGAAGGAUCUAGAACUUCUGUGAAUAGUUAAAAUUGCCUUUCUUUUUUCCCUUAAACCAAUAAAAUGUAUUUGACAGAGA